GCACCUGCGCGCACGUGUGGUCGGAUUGCUACAUGUAAACACCAAAGUCUUAAUACGUUCCCAAUGAAGUUUUUAUAUUAAACGACUACUUGGAAUAUUGAAGGGCAACCAGUUUAACGUGCAUGGUGUUUUUAGUGGUGAAGAAAUGUUUGUGGCGUCUUUUUCAGAGCAGGAGCAGAGAGAACUAACUGCUGAGAAGCUGACUUCGCUCCUGUCAGCCUACAGACACGUAUCAGACUCCUACAUAAUAGAGUUCUUCAGUGAGAGUUUGUGGGACACUCUUCCUGUGAGCUGGCAGGACGCCCUCGGUGAUCUUACACCCCCACAGAUCGCUGAUCUGCUGCUGGAUAAAGAGAUUAAGGACAGGCGGUACCCAUCUGUGUGGCCACUGUCCUUACUGGCACUGUGGACAGCACCACAUGCGCUGUCGUUUCCACGUAAAGCACCAGAUGGACACGCUCAGGACACAGGUGCAGCAGUGCCAGAGGAGUUUCAGUCGAACCAGAGUCAGAGUUCUUUGUUAGGACACAUUUUCCGUAAACACGUCAAGCCCAAGAAGCAGCACGAAAUCCGCCGACUAGGCACACUGGUCAAGAAGUUGUGUAAUCAGGCUAACUGUAGCUGUGUGGUUGAUGUUGGGUCUGGACAGGACCAUUUGACACGGUUUCUGUCUUUUGGACUUGCUGACCCUAACCUUGUUUUCAUGGCUGCCAAAUUUGAUAGACAGCUUCUAUUGACACUCGCCAAAGAGAAUCAAAAGUCAGGAAACACUCAAAGUCUUCACUCUGCACCUGGUCCUUCUCCUCGUCAUGUGGUGGGCUGGGUCAACCCAAAGGCUUCAUGGGAUGUCUUCAUUCAGCAGCUUGGUGUGACAGCAACUGAAAGUGACAGUAUUGGAGCAACCACUGGGCCAUAUGAAAAGAAACAGCAGGUGGAGGAGUUAAAUCUAGAGCCGCAUUCAUGCCAAAUCAAAGCAGAAGAGUUACAAAAUACAUUGCAGACUCAAAAAACUGACAUCAAUACUUCAGACUCUGUAGCCCAAAUAAACACUGGGGUUUUUCCAUCAGGGAUGGCGAAUGAAAUGCUUACCUGUAAAACCGUACCAGUUACUAAUUGUGGUGCCAAAAAACCUGCACGUUUUGUACUCACCGGUCUUCAUGCUUGUGGAGACCUUAGCUCUACACUUCUGCGUCAUUUUGCCAACUGCCCUCACGUUCACGUCAUCACAUCUGUAGCUUGCUGCUACAUGAAAAUCUCAACCCAGGAGAACCCAAACCCUCUUGGCGUUUUCCAGCCCCCAUUUUCUGCAGACACUGUGGCGGAUUCCUGUUUAGAAUUCGGUUAUCCGAUGAGUGACUGGGUACGUGGAUUACCAGGGCACCAGUUGUCUUAUAAGGCACGAGAGGGAGCAUGUCAUGCAAUAGAGGACUAUCUUCACCGGCUGAGAGAGGAGAGCGGCUUACUGAGGACACACUGCUACAGAGCCAUCUUAGAAAGCAUCAUCAGAGCAGAGAGGCACGAUAUGCGCAGACCAGGAGUUCAGACUGUUAGGAAAGCCCAUUUUCAGAAACGCUCUCUUUGAAUGGGUGUGGUGGAUUGUAGACUUGGAAGUAAAUGCCCACUGCUAUGAUUGGCUAACACCUGUGAAUAUUUGACAGCCUACAUCCUUCACAGGUAUGCUCGUUUGGCAUUGCCACGGGUGGGCCUACCUGCUGAUCUCCCAGUUGACCCUGUUGCUGUGGAUGCAAUGCUAGCGCAGCAGGGUAAAGUGGUUGCGUACUUCAGCCUGGUUCUUCUCCUCACACCUGUUAUGGAAACUCUAGUGUUACUGGACAGAAUGGUUUUCCUGCAGGAGAGAGGUUUCCAGAGUACACUCAUCCCACUCUUUGAUGCUGCUUUUUCCCCACGAAACCUGGUACUGGUGGCCGUCAAGCCCAAAGAAGCACAGAGCUGAAUUAAAUAACAUACACCAAGUUAUUCAAAUCCAAGUUCUGACUCACAACCACAUAAUUAGAUUAACAGUAAUAUUUUAUGAAUAAAAUGCCCUUAAAUGAACCGUCACACAAACCGUCUGACAUUUGAAAACUGAAAUUAGAGGUCUGAUUUUCCGUUUUCCAGAGUGACCCAUUAAUGGCUCAUUGUUAUUUUUUUCCCCUGUCAUGCUUUCCUUCACUUAGAAGCAAAAACUGUCUCACAUUUUAAAUGAGAUUUUGUCUGAAUAGGAAAGAUGGAAAUUCUUCUUUUAAAUUUGAAGUUUUAAUAUAUGAUUUUCCUAUUCUUAACACUAUUAAAAAGACAUAAGACGCUCAAACUGUUUUGUGUUUUUCAUAGUUGUCAGACUGGAUUUUAAAUUACACUGGCCAAAGUUGCUAUCGUCUAUGGUUCAUUUCUAUUACAAAAAACAUAUUCAGACCUAGAAUCUACUGUAUGACUGCAGGUGUAUGAAUGUUCUAUUUGUAAAUAAAAACAUAUAUACAUACAGUGGUAAAAACACACACACAAAAAAAAAAAAAAUUUUUAAUGAAAAGGCUGACAUAUCUUUUUAUAACCUAUAGAUGGCACUCUUAAUAUAAAAUCAGUGCUGCGUUCAGCCCUGUCAAAACGGUGCAAAACGUUUUUUAAACGGAAAGGGUGGUGUGUUGAACACUCUGUUCUGAUGACGCAAGAGUUGCAACAAUGGCAGCUGAGAAGGCCAUUCCUUUCUGAAUUUUCAGAGCCUGAUGAAAUCGGUAUAAAUAAAUGUUUAAUACUGCAAAAUAUGCUCUAUGUUACAGUCACUGCCCUUGUCCUCCAGAAUAAAAGAGAACAUCCCAAUCGAGUGAAGGGAUCUGUGGAAA